ACGGAGACGCAGGCAGUCGGGUAGACUCUAGAGACAGACAGCGUUGGAAUAGAAAGAGUGGUAAAUACAGAGAGAGAUGGAGAAGACGGUGAGCGUGAACGUGAGAGCGGAGAUGGAGAAGCUGAGCCCGGAGCAGUUGAAGGCAGUCAAGGAACAAACUGAUAUGGAAGUCAAUCUUCUUCAGGACUCCCUCAACAACAUCCGUACAGCCACCACUCGCCUCGAGAUCGCCUCCUCCGCUCUCCACGACCUCUCCCUGCGCCCUCAGGGCAAGAAGAUGCUCGUCCCUCUUACGGCGUCCCUUUAUGUCCCCGGCACCCUCCACGACGCCCACCAAGUCCUCGUCGACGUCGGCACCGGUUACUUCAUCGAGAAAACCAUGCCUCAGGCCAAAGAUUACUGCGAACGUAAGAUCAGCUUGCUCAAAUCUAAUUUUGAGCAGCUUGUCGAGGUUGCUUCUAAAAAGAAGAGCAUCUCGGAUGAAGCUGGGGCAGUUUUGCAAGCCAAGUUGAAGCAGUUGGCUCCUGCAACAUAGUAGGAGGGGGGGAGCUGAUGAUUUUUGUCAUGUUUGUUUGUUAAGCUAUGAUAUUGCAUUCAGAGAUGGUGUUCUAGUGUACUGGCUUUGGUUUGGUGUACGAACAAACAAGUGUUGUUUUAUUCCUCCUUUUUUUUUCAAUUAUAUUUUUGCAGUA